AAAAUCUGCUUCAAAGCAUGUGCUUUCUUUCUAUAAUUCAGACUCCCCCCAGAAAGGAAAAUUGGUCUUGACUCUAGAGACACAAAGCCAUCUUUGAAGUGCUUUUAACACCUUGGUAUCAAAUUCUUUAAAGAUGUCCUCUUUACAGUACUUCCAGUGUUCCAUGUCAUCCAAUCUCCACUCUCCAGCCACCAAAAAUUAGGGUUUCUUCAAUGUCCUGCAAUUGACAUUCAACCAGCUUUAUGCACUCUACCAUCAAAUUGUAUCCCCAGAGAGUUUCAUAUCUCCCAAAUCCUUGAUGCUUGUUCAUCCAGGUUCUGCUAAUCGUAAUUUUCCCUGUUAGAUGCAAUCACACGAUUACAGCUUCUGAUGCCUUCUUCAUCUUCAAUCCCAUCACCAAUAGCACCUGUGUUAGAACUUUUUCUUCUGAUGUCCCUAUUUGGAAAUUCUUUUAUACUUGGUUCUUAAGUUAUGAUAAAUUAUGUGUGUAAACUUUUGUGAGUAGCUUUUGAGAUAAGUUGAACCAAACAUGCUAAUAUAGACUGGACCAUUCUGUGUUGUGAAUGCAAGUUUGAGUUUUGUGUAGAGGAAUUUGCAUUCUGGCAUAUGGCAACCUCAUAAGAACCACAUACAUUUACUACUAUCCUCACUUUCAUCCUUAUAAGAUGGCUUAUGGCAACACCACAAGAAAACCAUUGUUUCACCAGAUAAAUUUUUUUCUAAUAAGAGUAUUUUCCUUCAUGUAUUUUUCCAUAGGUCUUCAUUCUAAAAAAUUGUUAAGACCUCUGUAGGUCAUAGGGAAAAGAUUCUGAAAUACAUUAUCCCCCUCUGAUAGAAAAUAUCCUUGUAAACUAUCAGAAGACUAAAAUGUCUUUAUAUUUGGUGGUUGAUAAAACAGCCACCUUCAACCACCUGCUACCUUCCUUCAGCAAUGCAGACUUGAUACUAUUAUUAUCUCUAGGUACACUCCAUUUCUUUCCAACCAGCCUCCACCUCUCCUUAAUCCUUAUCCUCUCAUUUUGAAAUUUCACAUGGCUUGUCAUGUUGAAUUUUAUCUUCUCAUGUGUGGAGAGAGAUACAAAAUUUUACAUGAUAUUGUUAUGUGACAUGAGAGCAUCCAAAUCCCCUAUUUAUGAAACGAUCUCUUUCCGAUACUCUGUUACUGAAAUGAUCUCCUUGUUAGGCCUUCUGUUCUUAAACAUGAGAAGGGACCUUUAAGCUUAAUUCCAGGAGACAUGUGUAUUUCUUUCUAGCCUUCCUUCAUUGAACCAAAUCGAACAAAUCCUAACUUUGAUUUUCUACAUUCUCUUUUCUGCUUCGGCGCAUUAGCUUCCUCGUCUUCACAAGCAUUAGGGAAAAUCUAAAUGAGUUUAAUCUGAUCAACCUCAUCAUGAAAACCAUAAAAAAUAUCAUAGAAGGUCUUCCAUCUUUUCUUCUCCAUUUUUGUCUCUCCAUAGCCUGAGUUCUUUUCCUCUUAUGUCUAUCUUCAUAAUUCCUUUGGACUCCUGACAUGGUGCCCAGAAGCUCCUAAAACCAGCAGAAUAAUGAUGAUAUGCACGGCCCGCGGUGAUCAUUACGCGCAUCACACGACAAUGUUGAUCCUUGAACAGCUGAAAUCCUAUUCCUGGGAUGCAAAGGCACUAAUAGUUCAAGCAGCUUUUGCACUGGAGUAUGGCAAAUUUUUGUUCCUUCCCCAGAUCCCAAAAUACCCUGUUGAAAGGUCACUGGCAGAGUUGAAUGGGCUUCUAUUGAUCCACCAAAACACUCAGCAUCUUAUUUACUUCAGCAGUGUGGUGAAGAAGGUAAUGCAAGUGAUUGAGUGCAUCACUGAGUGGAAGAGGCUAACUAGUGCGGGCUAUGACAUCAAGGAUGUCCCUGCCUUGUCAGACACUUUGCAUGAGAUCCCUGUUGUUGUGUACUGGGCAAUCUUCACCUUUGUCACCUGUACAGGUCAACUUGAUGACUUUACCACUGAUAAUAAGGGUCAAAGGCAUGAAUUAUCCAAAAACUUUGAGAACAAGCUUGACAUUAUUCUAAGAAGUUUUAAGGAACAUCUGGAAGAGUGUAGCAAACAGAUAGGAGCAAUAGAAGAUUACACCAGGCGCAGGAACAUUGUCAUUCAUACAGGUAAAGAUAUUGUGAAGGUUUUGAAAGCACUCAUUGUCUCUGGUGAUAACCGGGAAUCAAGACAGCUUGUGCAUAAUGGCCUCACAGGAGAACAGGUUAGAAUUGAAGAGUUUAAGAAGAAGCAUGUCUUGUUAUUCAUUUCUGGCCUGGAAAACAUUGAAGAUGAGACUCAGCUUUUACGAUCAAUAUUUGAAAAACUGAAGGACAAUCCAAAAGAAGUAGAGGGUUAUAGGAAGGAUGAUUUCAAGAUUUUGUGGAUCCCCAUUGUGGAUGAGUGGAAUGAUAGAUAUAAGAAAAUGUUAGAAUCUCAUUUGCAGCGCACUAAGAUUGGAUGGUAUGUGGUCAAAGAUUUCCAUUUCCCAACUGGCAUCAAGCUGAUCAGAGAGGUGUUCAACUACAAGGACAGGGCAGUUAUUCCAUUGAUAAGUCCAGAAGGUAAGGUGGAAAACAUUGACACAAAGAACAUUAUAUCUGUUUGGGGGAUCGACGGGUUUCCUUUCAGAACCUCUGAUCACACCAGACUCACUCAGCAAUGGAACUGGUUUUGGGCUGAAAUGACCAAGCUCAAUCCAAAAAUAGGGGACUUGAUUGAGGAGGAUUGUUACCUCUUUAUCUAUGGAGGCACAGACAGCAAGUGGAUGCAAGAAAUCACUUCAGCUGUGGAGACAAUGAAGAGGCAGAUUGAAACAGUUCUGCAACUAGACAUCACAAUAGAGCCAUAUCCACUAGGAAAGGACGACCCCAAGGUCGUCCCGCGCUUCUGGAUUGCCAUCGAUAGCUUGUUUGCGAGCAGGAAACAGAAGAAGGGUGGUGAUCAAGGGGUGCAGGACUUUGCAACCAGAGAGAUAAAGAGAUUGCUGUUCCUGAAGCAAGAUCCGAAGGGAUGGGUCAUUCUGAGCAGAGGGUCUAAUGUGAAGCUUCUUGGUCAAGGCGAGGCCAUGUACCACACUGUUAAAGACUUUGAGAUAUGGCAUGGGAAGUUGCACCAAGAUGUAAGCUUUGAUGUUGCAUUCAAAGAGUACUAUGAGGGAAUCAAAGCUAAAAAAAUUGGUCAGAAAUGUGAACACAGUGAAAUUGCUGACUAUCCCACUGAUAUCCUUGCUCGUAUAAAUUGUCCCAACAUGGAUUGUGGGCGUUCAAUGGAGGUAACUUCUGUCAAUUACAGGUGCUGUCAUGGUCAUGAACCAUGACAUGUUAUUUCAAUCAGGUACUUGCACUCAUGGGACUUCAAAUUUGGUUUAAUUUUAUGCAUUUGUGUUUGCUAUUUAUGUGUAUCUCAAGACAAAUACAUAUUUAUGGUAUUCAGCUACUAGUUUGCCAUUGUGGGCAGUACUAGUAAAUAAUGAAUUGGUUUGAAUAUAAUUGUUUUCUGCACUA